CCAAACUAUGGUGGUGGAAAUUAAACUGUGUAGCUGAUAAAUCAAAAUGAAAUAAUUAAAACAAUUUGUAGACAAUUCUAUUAAAGCAGUUUGUGUUUAUAUGAAAAUAACUGAUGGAGUGUUCACUUUAAAUAAAAGGAUAAUAAAAUGCAAUAUUUAAUUUGUAUCGUCUUUUUAUCAACAUUAUUUUCAUCAGCAUCUGCAACAUGUACGUUUCCAACCGACCUUACUGGGAUAUGGGAAAACCCAGGUCAAGGCAAUUUGACCUUCAAUGAAACACAUAUGACAGGAUAUGACGUAGACAGUUACACAGAUCUGACGCUAGAAUGUCAUUUGUUUGCAGACGACAAAUAUGUUUUAAGAUCAUCCGAUUUUACGUUACUUGGCCUGUCCAACGUUGUGAACGCUGCGUUUUGUAUCUCCUUGACGAAACAAUCAAGUAACAAGUACACGUACUUUAUUCAAACAUCGCAGCUUGCCGAUGCCAAUUAUGAACGUGUAAUGUUUCUGCAGUCAUCUGACGUAAUCUCGUCAGUAAAUGACGUUUGCAACGAUACGUCAACCGUCAACGUUCCACAAGAGACAAAGCUUCUAGUGAAAUUCGGGGAAGCAGUAAAUGAGGCUGUCAGAUGUCCGAACGAUAUACUAGGAACUUAUUGGUACUAUAAUCAUACAACUUGCACCGAGAGUUAUUGGGACGUAUGCUCAGUGACGUCACAGAUGACGUUUAAUUAUACGAUGUGCUCAGAAAAGCAGUUUUUCUCCGCGGGAGGUGUUGUUCGUUGUCUGUACAACGUUGAAGAUAAUGACGACACAGUGACGUAUAUAUAUAAUGAAGAUUCGACUGUUGAUAACAGCGCCACCUAUCAGUAUUCAUGCAUGAUAGUGAAGAAGGACAGCAGCGACGGACUUGUGUACGUCACACAGUAUCCAAGAGACUGUCUUAGUAACCAGACAUCUACAUAUGUCGUAAGCUCUGGACAUUCAAACGUCCUCUCUGCCAAUGUAACCUGUGAUAAAGUUCGUGUACUCACAAUCAAAGAACGUACAUAUACGUCAAUGUUGAUAUUUCAAUUCCUACCUCGGAUACCAGUGUUUCUCAAGCUGGUCUAA